AUGUUAUAUGAGUUGUUAUUUUUUCUGUCAUCUUCAACACCAGAUGGUCCAAGGAACACCUCAGUGUCAGUCAGUCCCUCUGGUGAAAUAGUGGAGGGCAGUUCAGUGACUCUGACCUGCAGCAGUGAUGCCAACCCACCUGUGUACAAAUACACCUGGUACAAGAAGAAUGUAGCCUCACCAAAAGCAUCAGAACAGAGUUACAGCAUCACUAACAUCAGCUCUGAGGACAGAGGAGAAUAUUACUGUGAGGCCAAGAAUGGAAGAGGAUCUAUGAACUCUACAGCUCUGAUGAUCAUUGUAGCAGGGAAACAAACAUCAGUUGUGACUGCAGCUGUAGGAAUCAUAGUGGUUGUUCUGGUUCUCAUCCUCUGUCUCUCUGGACUCAUGUGGUUCAGGAAGAAGGCCUCCACAUCCACCUCCAACACAAGAGACACAGCAGAGAUGGACAGGGAGACUCUAGUCCAGUGUAUGACAGCAUCUCAGCAUGGUCAUGACCUCUACUGCAGAACAGACAGCAGCCCACAGACGACCAGGAUGAUGUUCACUACGCCAGCGUCCACUUCUCUCGUGUCCAAAAAACCAGGAAGUUGCCAUCUAUAUUCCACCGUCCAAGUGCCUCAGCCCCAGAAAGAGGAUGAGGGCAUGUCAGUACGCUGCUCUGAAAUUCAACCUCCCAGUGCUGCCACCCUGCCAGCACAAGCAGCUGAGGAGGACCCUCUGUUCUUCAUCAGUACAGUCAACAAACCCACAACCAAGAAGACCUGA